UCGCUCACUCUGUUCCGAUCGCCUGGCGCGGCGGGGCAGGGUCUCGGGCUAGUCAUGGCGUCCCCGUCUCGGAGGUUGCAGACCAAACCGGUCAUCACUUGUUUCAAGAGCGUCCUCUUGAUCUACACAUUCAUCUUCUGGAUCACUGGUGUUAUCCUUCUUGCUGUUGGCAUUUGGGGCAAGGUGAGCCUAGAGAAUUAUUUUUCCCUUUUAAAUGAGAAGGCCACCAAUGUCCCCUUCGUGCCCAUUGGCACUGGCACUGUCAUUAUUCUUUUGGGCACCUUCGGCUGUUUUGCUACCUGCCGAGCUUCUGCAUGGAUGCUAAAACUGUAUGCAAUGUUUCUGACUCUCAUUUUUUUGGUUGAACUGGUCGCUGCCAUCGUAGGAUUUGUUUUCAGACAUGAGAUUAAGAACAGCUUUAAGAAUAAUUAUGAGAAAGCUUUAAAGCAAUAUAACACUACGGGAGAUUAUAGAAGCGAUGCAGUAGACAAGAUCCAAAAUACGUUGCAUUGUUGUGGUGUCACCGACUAUAGAGAUUGGAAGGAUACUAAUUAUUACUCAGAAAAAGGAUUUCCCAAGAGCUGCUGUAAACUUGAAGGUUGUUCUCAGAGAGAUGCAGAUAAAGUAAACAAUGAAGGUUGUUUUAUAAAGGUGAUGACCAUUAUAGAGUCAGAAAUGGGAGUUGUUGCGGGAAUUUCUUUUGGAGUUGCUUGCUUCCAGCUGAUUGGAAUCUCUCUAGCCUACUGCCUCUCUCACGCCAUAACAAAUAACCAGUAUGAGAUAGUGUAACCAGCAUAACACGGGCCUAUUCCUCUCCAACUUUAAGGAUAUUAACAUCCCCACCCCCAACCCUGUGAAUUACAAGAUCGCCUGGAUGGAAGACCGACAUUUCUUACAGAUAGAUUGAAAAACUAUAUCAGUAGUCUGAUUCGAUCAAGACAUUUGCUUGAUAUGUUCGAAGUCCACCUUUUGUCCCAUUCAUGUUAGAUAGUUGAAAUCCCCAUGUCACUCUGAAACACUGGAAGAGCUUAGUAAAUUGUAAAU